AUGCAGCCACAAUAUCUGCCGCGAAGUCGUCUUAUUUCAGGUAUCAUCUUGAUGCCUUCAGUUGGAGAUUCGUGGCAUAAGGUCAAAAAAUGUGCAUCCCAUGCUGUGAUGAAAAAAGACAACAGUAAGCUUCACAGUGUACACGUCAAAUACUUACUGCAGCCAUUUUUUCCAGAACCUACACAUUAUAGUAGUCAUCUGUCAUUGUCCGUGUCAUGGCGUCAGCUUAAAUCCGCAGCAGAUCCACCCGCAUUUAAGUCAGAAUUAAAUCGAUCUUGCGUAAGCCUCGUCAGCACCUUUAACUCUCGAGCUUUCCUUUCGUGCAGCCCGAUUUGCUCUGCAACUGGCGAGUUCUGUCAGUCGAGCUGCGCCUCCCACAGUCUUGCCCAUCAGGCUCAGCUUAACUCAGGUCAGCGUAUCGAUCGGAGAUCCUGCAGCAUGUUAGGUCCGACGCCUGCCCUUCAAGCCCUACUUAUGCGUAUAGUUCAGGCAGGCAGGAGUGCCUUCGAGCCCAAGCAUUCCCGAUCGAUUCGAGCAUGCGCCAGUUUUCAAAUUUGGUUGGAAGGCCCUAUUGCUGCAACGGAGCCGAGUCUUACGUGCAAUUUUGCAUGCAUUUGCAUGGUUCCGUCGCUUCGGCAUCCUCAGGCACCCUCAAUAAGAGCGGGAACGAAGCCUCUCGUACAAGAGCUGAAUUUAACCUGUUUCCUUUUAGCUGAUGAAGGACUGUUAAUUGUGUGA